UUUCUUCUCGAUUUUUCUUCCUUCCUUCUUGGCGGCAUGGGAACGCCGGAGACGUCGCGCGAGCCGUGUCCGGACCGGAUCUUGGACGACAUCGGCGGAGCGUUCGGGAUGGGAGCGGUGGGAGGAUCGGCCUUCCACUUCAUCAAGGGACUCUACAACUCCCCCAACGGCGAGCGGCUCGCCGGCGGCGUCCAGGGGGUCCGCAUGAACGCCCCCCGCGUGGGCGGAAGCUUUGCCGUCUGGGGCGGCCUCUUUUCUGCCUUCGACUGUUCCAUGGUAUACAUCCGCCAGAAGGAGGACCCCUGGAACUCCAUCAUCGCCGGCGCCGCCACAGGUGGCUUCCUCCAGAUGCGCCAGGGAGCCGGCCCGGCCGCCCGAUCCGCCCUAUUCGGGGGUAUCCUCCUUGCUCUCAUCGAGGGUGCCGGCAUCAUGCUCAAUCGCGUCCUCAGCGCCCCGCAGAACAUCCCCGACCCCGCCCUCAUGAUGCCGCCAUCUAGCGUUCCCGCCAUGGCUGGCGCUGGAGGGUCCAUUCCCCAGAUGGGAUACCAAUCUCCAGUCUCCCUGGCUGAAGAUACCACUGCCUCCUCCUCCUCCUCUUCUUGGUUCGGAGGGUGGUUUGGAGGUGAGAAGAAGCAGGAUAAGGGGAAGAGUGGAGGUGGAGGCAGCAAGACGGAGAUCCUAGAGAGUUUUGAUACGCCAAGCACUCCGAUCCCAACUUUUGAGUACAAGUAGAGUAACGGGGAUUUUUUGUUUCUGAAUGAGGAUAUUUGAUGGAAGAUAAUGAAACAGCUCUAUUUGUCGAGGAAUGGGCAUCCAAAAAAAGGGAUUAGAAGCAUAUUAACUUGACAUCAAAGGUCUGAAAUGCAUAAAUGAGCUGCCUCCGGCAUCUCUACCUCGCAAUAGUUGUUUGUAUGCUGGCUACUUUUUUGAUGUCCUUAGACACUCCAUAGGUUUGGUAUCUUUAUAAGACCUUUCAGACGUCAUUAUUUAUGGAGUGUUUUGGGAUUCCGAAUCCUAUAGUUAAUAUUAGUUAAGAUUGAGUUUGCAAGUAGUUCAUGCAUUCGUUGUGUUCUGACUCCAUAAGAUGAAUGGAAAUACCAAACUGCUGCUG